GCAACACAGGCAUUGCCUGUCAAUAAUACAGUCCACACCACACCAUAUCUCUCUCCCUCUGAUCUCUAUAUCACAAACAAAAAAAAUAAAAAGCCUCCCUUGCAUAGAUUCUACUGAAACACAAAUAAUUCCACUAUACUUCUCUCUUGUGAUCAUCAUAAAGUAAGGGGUAAUGGAAAUGGAAAUGUUGAGUCCAGUAAAAAAUGAGAGUAGUAAUUCUAAUAGGUUUGCCCCAUUUACUUCAAGUCAAUGGCAAGAGUUAGAACACCAAGCACUUGUUUACAAGUACAUGAUUUCAGGGAUGCCAAUCCCUCCUGAUCUAUUGUUCUCCAUCAAAAGAAGCUUGGAUUGUUCUACCAAACUCAUCUUGCACAAUCACUCCCCUCUUCAAUCAAUUGGAUGGAACUGUUUUCAAAUGGGAUUUGGAAAGAAAAUAGAUCCAGAGCCAGGAAGGUGCAGAAGAACAGAUGGUAAAAAAUGGAGAUGUUCAAAAGAUGCUUAUCUUGAUUCCAAAUACUGUGAAAGGCAUAUGCAUAGAGGCCGAAAUCGUUCAAGAAAGCCUGUGGAAUCAAAUAAUUACGCCCCAUCACCACCAUUAUCAAUAAGCACUAAUACUAGUACAACUAAAUUCCAUAAUAAUAAUAAUUAUCCUUCAUCAACUUCUUCUCAUCAUAUCUUUGGAUAUCAUGAUAAUCCACAACUAUCAUCAUCAUCAUCUAGGCCUAAUGGUGCCAAUGUGAUGUCAUCUCAUCAAGAUGGCUUUAUGUUGGAAUCUAGCCCCUACUCAGAAAAAGAACACAGUUAUAGUUAUGGGAUGAAAAAGGAAGUAGAUGAACAUCCAUUUCUAUCAGAAAGUUGUGGCAGCAUCUCUGCUUCAAAACAGCGAAACUUCUCAGAUUAUCGAAAUGACUAUUCAUAUCUACAGCUUCAAAACACUCCGACACAACAACGGCAAAAACAGGAUCAGGGACGAUGUUAUGAUCAACUGGCUCUAAAAUUCGAAAGGAAAGGUGAACCCCAGAAAGUAAUGCACCAUUUCUUUGAUGAAUCGCCACAUAAUGACAAUGAAGACAAUAACAAAGAUUCUUCCACAACUCAGCUCUCAAUCUCCAAUCCUAGUUUUGCUCAUGACUUCUUCCUGACCCAUAAAUGAUAAAUGAGGUUUUCAAUUCCGGAUAUUGAUAAGUGGUAGUGGAUCAAUGUUGCUAAUUACCUUUAUAGAAGUGCAUGAGGUAAGAAUAACUGGGACGUGUUUUGAAUUUUCGUGUUAUUGUGGAAGGAUGGUAUUACAAAUAAUCACAUGUUUUUGUUAGACUAA